AUGCCCAUGCCCAUGGACACUAUCGUCUCCAACCCGUCAGUGGCCAUGGGGCAGAGCCAGCAGCCAGCAGUUCACCCCUUCUUCCGUCAAGAUUUUGGCGUCACCUCACAGGCAACGCUCUCAGAACCCGAGACAGCAGCGAUCCCUCCCUCGACUGCCUUCACUUCCGAAUCUGCCUCCGUCGACAUCCAAUGCCCAAAUACCGAAAUCAAAGCCGAACCUGAACCCAUAGCGCAGGAAGUUGACGGGACUACGAUUGCCAAUCGUCCGAUCCCUCGGAGUCCGGAGGAAGACCUGAAUGCAAAUCGGCGAAAGAGACGCAGGACUGAGAAGCCUAAACCCCCCGUUGAUGAUGCGCCGCUUCAGGCUGGGCUAGCAGGAUGGUUGGGUAAAGAUAUAUCGACACCAGCAGCUUCAGCUUCAGCUUCCAUCGACCCAGCGAUCAACACCACAGCGGCCCUUCCUCCACCAUUAUUACCUGAGCCGACCUCUGUCGACACUGCCCCCGAGAAACCGCCAGCCGUCUCCGACAACGCAACUUCAGACCUUGCGCCCGAUAGGAAGCGAAAAAUAGUGAAGCUGAAUUUAAACGGGAGGCUGCUGAGCUCUUCUCCCCCGAUACCUGUUGAGGCUCCGGACCAAAAACGAACAACCGGGAAACGCGGACGACCCCGAAAGAUCGAAAGCAGACUAGCAAUUCUCAAAUACGGCACUGCAGAUGACAAAAGGCUAGCUAAAUUGGUGGACGACAUCAUCCACGGGCGUUCGAUGCAUAAACCUGCGCCUGUCCGUCCAUUGAUUCCGGAGCCGCCCAAGGUGAAGAAGCCAGCGAAGCCCACCCAUCCUUUCUUCCUCAAGAAACCCACGCAAGAAUCCCAACCAGACUAUCUACCUGAGUCCAAAACUCCCUCGCAGACGCCAGCCCAACAGCCAUCCACCAAUCAAACAUCACGCGACACCCCAGUCGAGAAGCAGCUCGUUGAACCACUCUGGCCACCUAGAGAUUUAGCUCACAUUAGGUCUCUUGAUUCUCAAACCAACGAAUCUAUCUUCCGGGCUUUUCAGAAUGACCAAAGAAAAUCAAAAUUACGAGUGGUUUCAGUCACCGAUGACGAGAACGCUCUUCUUGUCAGUACGUCCCGGGCACGAAAGGCUGCAGCUCUAGCUUCACAAGACGACAAUGACUUCCGUUCGACUCUUCGUGUCCCUGGACGCCACAUUGCAAGUGGUCGAGUUCUCCAGACAGCGAUCGACAAUCAAAUGUCUUGGGCCACCGACCCACGUUCAAUGAAAAAUUUGUCCCUUCCGGUUAUCUCAAAUCUUCGAUCCUCCUUACUUUCAUCAUUCUCAGCCUUUGAUUGCGGGAAGUACGAAGCACAGCUUUGGGCUCACAAAUAUGCACCCAAAGCAGCAGCAGAUGUCCUUCAAGUGGGACGUGAGGCUCAUGUACUCCGUGACUGGUUACGGCAUCUCAAAAUCACUGCCGUUGACACAGGGAAACCAUCAAAAGAAAGCGCGAAAUCGAACGCAGAGAAGAAACGCAAGAAGAGGAAGAAGCAAGCGGACAAGCUCGACGGAUUUAUCAUAUCCAGUGAGGAAGAGGAGUCCGAAAUGGACAAUCUCUCUGGCUCGGACGAUGAAUUGGCGGGUCCUGUAACGAUGUCUGCUCAGAAAACUGUUAUUCGCUCAGGAGAUCUUGCGAGGACUGCGGAGAAGAGCCGACUCACCAAUGCGAUACUCCUAAGUGGCCCACCGGGAUCUGGAAAGACAGCCUCGGUCUACGCUGUGGCUAAAGAACUUGAUUUUGAAAUAUUUGAGAUCAACGCAGGUAGCCGACGAAGUGCCCGAGAUAUGCUGGAGAAGGUCGGGGACAUGACACAAAACCACUUGGUGCACCUCCUGAACGAAUCCGAUGACACGCCUGCCAAGCCACGACCCUCGGACCCUGCCGAUGAAGCUAAACAGAACAAGCUCAUGAGCUUCUUCAAAGGCAAGCCGUCAAAAAACACCGGGUCCGAUACGACUUCCGCCAAAACGAGCCCCAGGCCGCAGACAGAUGAAAAACCCACUCGCGAACAGAAACAAUCCUUGAUCCUUCUAGAGGAAGUGGAUGUUCUUUUUGAAGAAGAUAAACAAUUCUGGACGGGUGUCUUAACAUUAAUCAGCCAAUCGAGACGACCGAUCGUCAUCACAUGUAAUGACGAGAGCCUCCUGCCUCUUCAGAAUAUGUCAUUGCACGCCAUUUUACGUUAUCAAAAGCCGGCUCGCGAUCUUGCAAUCGACUACCUGCUUCUUGUCGCUGCAAAUGAAGGCCAUGUCUUGAAAAGGGAUGCAGUCAGCAAGCUUUUUGACGCGGCCGGCAUGGAUGUUCGAAGAUCGCUUAUGGAUCUCAACUUUUGGUGUCAAAUCGGUGUUGGCAGUGACAAAGCGGGUCUCGACUGGAUUCUUCCUUCCUGGCCCCCAGAGAGAAACACUGACGAAAACGGAGAUCGGAUGCGUGUUCUAAGUCUCAAUACAUACGAGUCCUAUAUGGGUUGGUUUAACCGAGACCUCUUGCUGGGUGAGGAUUCCGAAGAGAAGGAGACGGAAGCUUUGAAGAAUACCUUCCACUGGUGGAGACUCGGAAUCCAGGACUCCGAGGAUGCAGCUGGGCUCAGUGAGGUUGAGAAGUUGCCUCCGGAUGAUUUUCACGCAAAGUCAAGAAUGGAGAAACUCGAUAUACUUGAUCGGGAGAUGGAUUAUUUAGAUAUGAGAAGCUCUCUAGAUAUUCUUUCUUCUCGAUGUCAACUAGACAUGUUGAAGGAUUCUGUUGAUAUCUCCGCACCCCUGAUCCCCGACUCCCACCGAUCGAACUAUAUAGAGGCCUAUCCACUUCUUCAAGCCAGCCUAGAGCCCGAAUACACUGCACUCAGCGAAACAAUUGGCCUUUGGUUCUCUGCGUCAAUCUCCAAGGCUUUCCGCACUCGCCAUGAUGAUAUGGAAUCGGCCUACGCCAAUCAAAUGUUCAAUGGCUGGCGACAGUCUGGCGCUCGCCGACAGGUCUUUCCCUCAAAAUUGACCGAGUUCCAGAGAGUUUUUGAACCCCUCAUGAGGUUCAACUAUACAAUGACACUGAUGACCGGUCGACUCUCUCCUUCUUUUGAGAAUACGUUGUCUCCUAUCACUGAAGACCUCGCGCCCUAUAUUCGCUCUAUCAUGGUGUUUGACGGGCGCUUGAAGCAUUAUCGUGACUAUCUCAGCGCACUGUCGAACCAGCAGAACCACCAUGGAGAGAAGAAGCAGAGAAAUACCCGAGCCAGCCGUGCAGCACUGGAAGGGGGCAACAAGGCUUCGGUGCGGAAGGAGAGGUGGUUCCCCGAUGACACGGACUACUUUUUGGUACAAGGAACCGGGAAGCCCGAAUGGCAAACCCUCUUGUUCCAGAUGGGACAUUUCCAAAUCCAGCCGGCCGUGCAACAGAGCGAAAACAGCAGUGAGCAAGUUUCAGAUGCCCCAGAAGAGCUUUAG